CACUCUGAGUGAAACUUCACGUCAAAUUUCAUCAUCGCAACGUAGACUCAAUAAUAGUGCUGUUUUCUACGAAACAGUGUUACUUUGGUUGUCGGAAUCAAGAGAGAAGCUUAACGACCGUACAGUGAAAUAAAAUGGCGGAUACUUCAGGGAAGACCAAACGGAGCCAGCCAGCGUGGAAGGCACCAGUGCCGGCUCAAGAACCAGCCAAGCUGAAGCUGUACAACAGCCUCACAAGACAAAAGGAUGUGUUUGUUCCGCAGACAGGCAACACUGUGCUAUGGUACUGCUGUGGACCGACUGUAUACGACACUUCCCAUAUGGGACAUGCACGAUCAUACAUUUCCUUCGACAUUCUGCGACGUGUCAUGUCCGGAUACUUCAACUACAAUGUCAUCUAUUCAAUGAAUAUUACGGACAUUGAUGAUAAGAUCAUCAGACGGGCGCGACAGAACCACCUAUGGGAGGCGUAUAUGGCGGAAGGCAAGCCAUGGAACGCCGUUGUCGAGGAUACUGUUGUGGCCAUGAAGCCUUUCGGUGAAAAGUUGGUCAAUGAAACCGACCCAGACAAGAAAGCCAUGUAUGAACGUAUGAAGACACGUAUAGAGCUGGCUGUCACUGCGAUGGAGGCAGCAGCGAACAACGGGCAGGAAUGUCAGGAGGCUCGAAAGAACCUGCUUCUGGCAUCCAAAGACGUGUUGGCAGACUGGUUAGAUGUCCAACAUGGGUCAGAGGUCACAGACAAACUCAUAUUCUCCAAACUGUCAUCACACUUCGAGGAAGAGUACCAUUCAGAUAUGGAUAGCUUGAAUGUUCUGCCAGCUGAUGUGUUGACGAGAGUGAGUGAAUAUGUGCCAGAGAUCAUAGAGUUUGUGCAGAGAAUCAUAAAGAAUGGAUAUGGGUAUGAGUCAAACGGCUCUAUAUACUUUGACGUUGGAGCGUUUAGUUCCAAGCCCGACCACUACUAUGCUAAGCUUGUACCAGAAGCCUAUGGCGAUAUGAAGGCACUCAAAGAAGGCGAAGGAGAAUUGAGCAUCUCGGAGGAUCGUAUGGGUGAGAAGAGAAGCCCCAAUGACUUUGCCCUGUGGAAGGCUGGCAAGCCCGGGGAGCCCCUGUGGGACUCACCCUGGGGAAAGGGCCGCCCAGGUUGGCAUAUUGAGUGCUCUGUAAUGGCCAGCAGUAUUCUGGGAGAGACCCUGGAUAUUCACACUGGCGGGGUUGACCUCAAGUUUCCACACCAUGACAAUGAGCUAGCACAGGCUGAGGCCUGCUAUGAGAAUAACAACUGGGUUCAGUAUUUUGUCCACUCCGGUCACCUGACCAUCGAGGGCUGCAAAAUGUCGAAAUCCCUCAAGAACUUUAUCUCAAUCAAGGACGCUUUGAAGAAACACUCGGCGAGACAGUUAAGGUUGCUGUUCUUGCUUCACUCGUGGAAGGAUACACUGGAUUAUGGGACAGACACCAUGACAAUGGCGUUAAAAUAUGAGAAACUUGUGACAGAGUUUUACCACAUGUUGAAAGACGUCAAGAGGAAUGUACCCGGCUCAGGCGUGGCAGCCUUUGAUAAGUGGGGUCCUGAGGAAGUGAUCCUUAACAACAAAUUCACAGAAGCGAGAGAAGAGGUCCACGAAGCAAUCUGUGAUUCUAUAGACACCAAACGUACCUGUGCGAUUGUGAAGAAACUGAUAAGUGCAUGCAAUAUCUACGUACCAGAGGCGCAGACAAGGUCUAGACCAAACAGGAAGUUGCUGGAAAACAUCGGAGACUAUAUUCUCAACAUUUUCAGGAUAUUUGGAGCAGUGGGAGAGACUGAAGACUGGCUGACAGUUCCUGGAGCAGGCACGAAUCAGGGAACUGUAGAUGUUGAAGAGACAGUGAUGCCAUACUUGACAGUUUUUGCCAACUUCCGAGAAGAUAUCAGAAAAGUGGCCAGGGAAGAAAAAGUGUCAUCGGUACUCAAGGUUUGCGACCAACUCCGAGACGAUGUGUUGCCUGAGCUCGGUGUUCGACUGGAGGAUAAAGAAGGUCAACCCCCGGUUAUCAAACUUGCCGACCGUGAGACAUUAUUAAGAGAGAAACAGGAAAAAUUGAAACAAGAGGAAGCAAAACGUUUAGAGAAAGAAAAGAAAAAACAGAAGGCAGAGGCUGAAAAGGCUGCCAAGGAAGCCCAGAAAAGAAUACCACCCACAGAUAUGUUCCGGAGAGAGACGGACAAGUACUCACAGUUUGAUGACAAGGGCAUGCCGACCCACGAUGCCGCAGGCAAGGAGAUCUCCAAGUCAGCUCUGAAGAAACUCACCAAGUUGUAUGAACAGCAAGAAAAGAAAUACAAUGAAUAUCUCCAGUCCCAGGGCGAGAGGGCACCGGGGGAUGGGGCACAGUGACAUGCCCACGUUUAGGAGUUGCAUGGCGACAAGUUCUGUAGGGCAGUGAUCCACUUGAUUGAAGGUGUUAUGUUGUGACACUAGUUUGAUAUCUGUAACAUUCUGAUGGAGUUUUGCAUUUUACUCUUGUGGAAAACUGGAAUUUUCAGUGAUUUUAUCUCGAUUAAAAAAGUUUACUUUCAAGCAAUGAACUGCUGGAAUAGUCCUCAUUGUAUUGAGGGUGUUGGGAAUUAUUGUUUAUGAUUAAAAUUCAGAUAUACAAGCAUGUAUUAGUAAUGACUUAUUAAAUGUUCAACUUACAAAAUACCUCUUUUAGCUUAUGUAAAUGUUCGUAGUCUGUUGUUAGUACUUUUAAUCAAAGGUAUUUACAUGUCGUUUAAAAUGGCAAAUGUUUCACAUACAUGUAUUUAUAUGGUAUGUAGGAUUUAUAAUGAUUAUAUUUUCUCAUGUCUCGCCCAAGAAUGGGGGAGACAUAUUGUUUUUGCCCUGUCUGUCAGUCAGUUACUAUGUCACACUUCAUUUCCGCUCAAUAACUAGAGAACACUAAGACCCAGGAACUUCAUACUGGGUAUGCAGGUUAAUCAAGAUCAGCUAAUGACCCUUAUUGAUCUCAAGAUCGGAAGGUCAAGGUCGUGGUGACCUUGAGGUGAAAAAAAGAUUUCCGUCCAAUUACUAAAGACACUUUAGGUCCAGGAACUUCAUAAUUGGUAUUCAAGUUGGUCAUGACCCCCUAUUGAUUUUGUGAUCAGUGGCUAAAAGGUCAAGGUUGCGGGGACCUUCAGGUAAAGACCAAUAUGUUGGCGGUGAUCUAAAGCUGAAAAAUGGAUUCUGCUCAAUAACUUAAGAACGCUUGCACCCAGGAAGUUCAUACUUGUUCUGACAGAUGGUAAUGCCUAAUAGAUGACCCCUAUUGAUUUUGUGAUCAGUAGGUCAAAGGUCAAGGUGGCGGUGACCUUGAAGUGAAAAGAACGGUUUCAGCUCAAUAACUAAAGAAUGCUUGCACCCAAGAAGAUUAUACAUGAUAUGCUAAUUGGUCAUGACAAGAAGAUGACCCAUAUUGAUUUUGGGAUGAGUUGGUCAAAGGUCAAGGUCGAUUUGACCUUGAGGAGAAAAAAUGGUUUCUGUUGAAUAACUAAAGAACACUUGCACCCAGUAAGUUCAUGCUUGGUAUGCCAGAUGGUCAUGGCUAGUAGAUCACCCCUAUUGAUUUUCAGGCCAGUAGGUCAAGGUCAAAGUGACCUUCAGGUGAAAAUCAAUUUGUUGAUCACCAUUCCUUAUGUCACACUUCUUUUAGCUCAAUAACUAAAGUACACUUGGACCCAGGAACUUCAUACAUAUACCUAACAACUUUAUACUUGGUUUGCAGGUUAGUCGUGACCUGUAGAUAACCUGUGUGUUAGUAUGUCUCCAGGCUGAAGUACAAAUUCCAUGUCCCUUAUUGAUUAUUUCUCACCUACUACCACACAAUGGCGGAGACAAGCACAUUUUCAAAAAAGCAAUCUCUAGUUUAUUAUUUGAUUCUCAACAAGUUUCCAUUCAAUAAUGACUAGUCCGUGUUGCCUUAAUGAUUGAUACAUAUUUGUAAAAGGAAUGCAAUGAUAAAUAACUCCUUGAAUUUAGGCCCUUUAAAUUGCUAGGCAUUCAACAUUUAACCUAUUUUAGCCUUGGUAAAAAAGUCAUAUUGGGUGUUGUAAGAAUUUCAGGACAUAAUCUACCAAAUGUCUGAUUUAUGUUGAUCAUACACUCUUAGACAUCAUAUUUCUAAUUAGUGUUCCAUUUGUGCAAUUGUCAUUCUGUUUGAUAAAUGCAAAAUGUCUGCCAUAAUCUAUGUUGUUUUUUGUGAACAUAAAAGAUGCAUGCUAAGUAUCUUUUUUUCAGGCUUCACUUUGUGGAUAACUCCCAUUAUGUCCUCAUGUGGUGGAUGCUCUCUGUUGAUUAAUUCAUACUAAUGUCUUAGCAUAUGGUUUCAGAAGUCACAAAAUGAUAGUUAAAGGAUUUAAAAUUAUCUGAUAGGGUAUUAUGUCUGUUGAAAUAUUUGAUUUUUUUAGUUUUUUAAUCUGAUGAGAGAAUAAAUUACAGGGUUUUUGAAAUGUCAACAGUUUUAGCUUUAAGCAUGUCUUUUUUGUGCUAAAACUGAUAUCAAUUCCAAAUGAAGAUAAAAGUUUUAAUAUAAAUGGGGAUGGUUACUGAAUGUAAUGAUAGAAAGAAGGCAGUUUUUCUCUCAAAAAUAAUAUUUAAACAAUUAGUUUAAACAUCAUAUAUUUUACGAUUGUGAAGAAAGUUAUGCUAUCUUAUACUAAGUCACUCUCGUUGGUACGAUGUUGCGAGAGAGUGUGGUUUUGUGUUGUGGGGGAAACCGGAGCACCCGGAGAAAACCCACUUGUACGGCUUGGUGACCACAAACCAAACUCACAUGCGCCCAGGCCGGGAAUCGAACCCUUGGUGUGAAGCAAGUAUGCUAACCAGACAACCAAAAUCUAUUAAAACUAUUGCCUACAUACUUUAUGUAUGUAUUUCUUUAGACCUUGCGAUCAAGGAUAACCCGUGAAAGUGCAAGCACUUAUUUCCAACGGGGUCCUUUGUUUUUGCUGAAGGGACAGCACGCUGAAGAGACAGUGGUGGGAUACAAGGAAGUCCGGGUGCGAGACCCUAGCUCUUUUUCGAAGAGACCCCUUGGUUCUUUUACGUGCUCGGUGUAAAGCACCGAUACACGGGGUACAACUUUCCUGGGUUAAACCAGUACUGAGUACGCCACUUUUCCAAGCACUACCCUUUAAAUGCCAAGCGCCAGGCAAGGGAGCUACUUGUACCAACUUUUAACCUCUUUUGGUAUGACGCGGCCAGGGAUCGAACCCACGACCUCCCGCUCCGUAGGCGGACGCUUAUCCACUAGGCCACGGAGACGGUUUAGAAAUCAGGAAUGAUAGCUUUCAAGUUCAUACCAUUGUACAGUUGUCGAGAUAGUUAUUGUUAAGACAUUUGCAUCAAAAACAGUAGGAAUUACAUUGAAAUGGAUAUAAAUGACUUUGAUAACAAUUACCCUGCUUUGGGCAUGUAUCCUUCAUACUGAAACAGACCUCAGCUAUUUUUCAGGAUGACAAUAAUUAUAAUCAGCUGUUAGAACCACAGAUGUUAGAACUACUGAUGUUUGAUUUUCCGCAUUUAACAUCUUCAAAAUGUAAACAGCCAGCAGCUGCUCUAGUUUUUUUAUCCUAUACUGGCCAGGAUAACAGAUAAUACACUAUUACUGGUAAGGUAACAGGCUAUGAUUGAUAAUAUGUUAUGAUAGAUGAUACGCUACUAUAGAUGAUACGCUACGAUAGUUAAAUGCGGGGAAAAUAGAGGUAAAAAAUAAGGUUAAAAAUCUGAUAGCAUUUUCAAAUUAUGAAGAUCUUUCUUAAAUUAUCCUGAAAUGGACAUGGAUUUAUUUGUCGAAAACCAUACAUUCUUUAGCUCGAAGGAAAUAAUUUUAAUCAUCUUCUGUGGAGAAUAACCGCCUUCUAUCUACAGUUAUGUUCGGUAUGUAAUAUAUCAUGUCCAUAUAGCAUGAGUAACUUGGCAUCAAACUUCAGACCAAAUAACCAAUUUACGAGUCAAUCCAAUUUUUAUUGUUUUUCUUAGCGUAUAAGUCCAUUACAGUAAAUUGUUUCAGGGACUUUUUUUCUAAGGCGACAGUCAGCCUAUCUCUGUGUGACAACUCUAAAUUGCCCGUCGGUCAGAAAUCCUAUUUUCUCGAUCCGGUCAGCCGUCAUUUAUCAAGAUCAUCAAUUCUGCGGAUUUCUUCCCAUUGUUGUUCCAUCCAUUCUGGAAAUGGCUAUCUUUGAGACAAUGUUUGCUCAUGUACCGAUAUUUGUUGUUAAAUGUAUCUGUUGUAUUUAUUUGGUGUGUAUAUGAGCAUUCGUUGAUUACUGAUUUUGUCUUGUAUGACAUGCUAACCUUUGGCCUUUAAAUUGGUAUGAGUUGGAGGAAAAAGACAGUCAGUGAUGUUAUUUAAAGAAGGACGAAGAGCCUUCUGGCUUUCUUUCCUGAGGUUGGUUAGGAGUUUGUCUUUUAUGGCAUGUAAACCUUUGACCUGUACAUUUCAAAUAGGUGAAUACAGUAAGUGUUUAAGUGAUGAUAAAAACAGAAGCACUUAGAAAUGUUUCACAUUUACCCAUAAAGGUUGUUGUGAUUAAAUGCAAGCUGUUAAUAGAACUCUACUUGGAGUAAUUGGAAUGUCAAAAAUCUAUGACAGUAGUAAUUGAAGUAUUUGAUAUUCAGAAAAGUUAAGUUGUGCCUUGAAUUGAUUUAAGGGCCCAGAUUUGAACUUUUUUUUAUUUAAAAUCCAUGUUCAUAUAUGUGUCUAAAUAAGUGUUAUCUUUGAAAAAAAACACUUAAUUUCAGUUAGAGUUAUUUAAUACUUUUAAUAACCAACGAUUUACAUGACACCAACCCACGUUGAUAUUAAUAUUCAUAAGUGUUCAACCAAUGUAGAGAUUUACAAGUCAUACGAUAUCCCGGAAAAACAAGUGCCCAGGAAUUUGGAUUCAAUGCAUUCUUUUGUUUAAAGCAAAGAAUUAGGUAAUUAUCGAGGAUGGUUGUAUUCCGAAUUAAAAGUCAUGUCAAUUAUGGUAGAGUGAAAUCCAAAUCCGAAUUAAAAGUCAUGUCAAUUAUGGUAGAGUGAAAUCCAAAUCCGAAUUAAAAGUCAUGUCAAUUAUGGUAGAGUGAAAUCCAAAUUAUCAUAAUAAACAAUCACAAACUGUGUCUCACCCCAACAUGUCAGUUUCCGUUCUCAUAUUUACAGAUUUUUUUGCAUUGUUCCACACACUUUAAUGUUCCAUUUAAUAAAAAUGAGUGUCGGGCCUUUUUUCAGUGCCCCAGUAUGAGGAAAUAAAAAUAAACCAUCUAAUAAAUCGCAAUGAUACAUUUAUUGUUGAACAUGUUCCCUACCAUAUUUUAUUUUGCAAAUAAAUGGCUGGUUGUUCUGAACUUUGUUUAAGUUUACAACAUUGUAAACGUCAUCGUUGUUACCUUCAAAUUGUUACACCUCUGGAAGUCUAAUGGAUACACUUGUGAUCUGCUGUAUUUCGUUAUUGACAAACUGCCCAAUGACUGCGAUGGAAAACAAAUAAAGCACAAAGAAGUCAAGAAAACAAGGUGGCACUAAUAUCAUCAUAUUUGCUGUAAACAUUGUUUCUAUGUUGUUUUUGUUGUUGUUGAUGUUGUUGAAUGUUGUUGGCCGGCAGACUGUAUUUCCAAUGAAAUUGAAUGCGUUGAUUAAUUUAAAUACAUGUAGGUCUGAAACCUGUAACUGUUCUACAUUGUUUAUGUAGUGCCAUAUUUUGCUAAUGAAUCAUGUUAAAAAAAACAAUCACACUGUUUCGAUUAUUAUUAUUUUCAGUCUUGUCAGAUUGGUCAAAUUAAGUUUUUUAUGACUUAUUGUGAAAAAAACUUUUGAGUUUUUCAUACAGUAUAGUAUGAUGUGUUUCAACAGUGUGAAUUUCAGCUAUUUUCAUGAACAUGUUGUGAUGUAAGGCAUGGCGUGAAUGAAAAUCUUUAUGAGAUCCAAGUGUAUUGAUGCACUUAGCACCAUGUUUUGUAUGCAUUUCAAGUUAUUCUUGAACUUACUUUACCUGCAAUGUCACACAUACACAUGCAUUUAUGGAAAAGAAAACAUCAUUCUUUUGUGGAAAUGUUGUCAUUUGAUUCCUCAGAUAUUCAUCAGCCAAUUAGACUAAAUGAAAUUAAGCACUCCUUUGGAAGAUGAGACUUUUACUGUUUAUUGAAUAAACCAAUUUUCUAACAAUCAAGAGACUAAUUAACAUUACAGCACAGCUAGUUCUUAUGGAACAUACCCACGUUUGGACCAAACUGGAGACCAAUCACUCUUAAUGCACCUCUUUCAAACUGCUAUUUAUUGUAAAAACAUGGCUAUUUUCUAUCCACCUGCUUUUAUUAAAAUGGAAUAAACCUGUUGCUUAUCAUG